AUGUCUCUCCAAGGCAGAGUCAGCAACACACCAAUGCCGAGCAGGGCCCAACUCCCAAUGAGCGGGGAAGGUCUGGAAAUAAUAUUUAAAGUAGACUGCUUGCUCCAUUUUGGAAACAAGUUGACCACAUUCGAGCAGUCGGAAAUACUCAAAUACAAACAAAUUUGGUAUUUUGGGUCAAAUGCGAGCAAACGGGAAACAAACGAGUUCAAAAACAACAACGGAUUUGACAACGAGCAGGGAUUUUACAUAAAAGUAUUCCGUCCCCACCAACAGACCAUCAACGACCACCUCCACUACCGAUUCCAAGUCAUCGAGGAAUUAGGAAAAGGGUCCUUCGGGCAGGUCCUCAAAUGCCACGACCACAAAUUAGACCGCACAGUGGCAGUUAAACUUAUUCGCAACAAACGAAGGUCAGUUUUCCUGACGAGGAGAUUCCACCAACAGGCGUUGAUGGAGGUGGAAAUGUUGGACAAAAUCCUGCGAAAGGACACCAAAAAUUUGUACAAUGUUGUCCACAUGAACGAGUAUUUUUACUUUCGUAAUCAUUUGUGCAUUUGUUUUGAACUUUUGGGUUUAUACGAAGCUUUGAAAAGAAAUAACUUUGGAGGGAUGAGUUUGGGCACAAUUCGGAAACUGAACUACCACAUUCUCCAAAGCCUGGUCUUGCUCUACAAGGAGAAAAUCAUCCACUGUGACCUCAAACCCGUAUCCCCCUUACUCAACCCACAGGAGAACAUUCUACUACUCAAAAACAGCCAAAGCAAAUGCAAAAUAAUUGACUUUGGGUCAAGUUGUCACGAGGAUAAACGAUGUUGGUCAGUCCUGUUGAUAUUAGUGUUUUCCUACAUCCAGUCCCGGUUCUACCGAGCCCCGGAAGUGAUCCUGGGGAUUCCGUAUUCCACGUUGAUUGACAUGUGGAGUCUCGGGUGCAUCCUUGCGGAAUUGUACACGGGGAAUCCACUCUUCCCUGGGGAGAACGAACACGAACAAUUGUCCUACAUAAUUCAGGUCCUCGACUACCCGCCCACUCACAUGAUUGCCAAUUCUUCCAGGAAAAGCUAUUUUUUUGGUCAAAUAUACAAAAUAAGUUUAGAUUCAAAUAACAAACUGACUGUCACCUCCAAGUGCAGAAGAAAGUCCAAACCCGCCUCCAAAUCUCUCGCGUCUGCUGUCGGCUCAAACGACACGAUUUUUGUCGAUUUUAUAGCCAAAUGUCUCGAGUUGUGA